AUGCCUGGAUACGGAGUGACGGUGAUGGGACCUGCCGGUGCCGGCAAGACCACCUUUUGCGCAUCUCUGAUCCAAUGCCUUCAGAACAACAGAAGGUCAUGCUUUUAUAUCAACCUUGACCCCGCCGCCGAUACGUUCGCAUACGAGCCCGAUCUUGACAUCAAGGACCUCAUUACCCUCGAGGAUGUCAUGGAGGAGCUUCAUCUCGGUCCCAACGGUGGACUGAUCUACUGCUUCGAGUUCCUCAUGGAGAACCUCGACUUCAUAACCGACCCUCUGGAGGAUGUGACGGAAGAGUACCUCAUCAUCAUUGACAUGCCUGGCCAAAUCGAGCUGUACACCCACGUUCCAAUCAUCCCACAACUGCUCAGACACCUCACGCGAGGCAGUCUGAACAUCAACAUGUGCGCCGCGUACCUUCUCGAAAGCUCCUUCAUCGUCGAUCGCUCCAAGUUCUUCUCCGGCACACUCAGCGCGAUGAGUGCUAUGAUCAUGAUGGAACUGCCACACAUCAACAUCUUGAGUAAGAUGGAUCAAGUGAAGGGGCAGAUCGCACGGAAAGAGUUGAAGCGUUUCAUCGAUCCGGAUACAAGUCUAUUGCAAGAUGCGCCUCAGAGCGGCCUGGUGUAUGAGUUCAAAGACGGGGUGGACAACGGCGAGCCCGAGGACGCGCAGGCUUUGAUGAGUGGAGCUUCGUUUUCUAAGCUCAAUCGCGCAGUCGGCCAGCUCAUCGACGACUUCAGCCUGGUGUCGUUCCUUAAGCUCGAUGCACAGGACGAGGACAGUGUCAGCGCUAUACUGAGCUACAUCGACGAUGCCAUUCAGUUCCACGAGAGUCAAGAGCCUCGUGAGCCGAAUGACGGUGGUGAGGAAGACACGGACAUGGGUUGA